UAUUCAUUUAAAUUAUUAUCAACGUUAACUAGUAUUGCGAAAGACUUCUUAGUUUUACUUCAGUUGAAAUUAGCAUAUGAAGUUAAAUGAUAAUAAAUAUCGAUUGAUAUACAUGGAGUUCAUUAAUAAUCAGAAAGCAAGAUGCAAAUCUAUAAUUCUUUGUGUAUGUAUUCUUUCUCUUACCGAUGCAACAUCUUUUGAUGACAUGGAUACUUUGUACAAAACACUUACCUCCGGACAUAACAAGUACUUAAGACCAGAGGUAGAUUUAAGCAGUUCUACAGUGAUAUCUAUAGACUUUUAUAUAAUAAACCUGCAGGAAGUUAAUGAAGUUGACGGAACAGUUUCUAUAACUGGUUAUUUUGACAUUCAGUGGACCGAUAAUAAUAUGUCAUGGACUCCUGCCGAUCACGGCAAUGCAGAGUAUAUUGUGUUACCUGAAGAUGUUAUUUGGAAACCUCCCUUAAUAAACUCAAAUAGUGCACAAGAAAUGACCAUGUUCGGUAUGGAUGACUUAUCCUUGUACGUCCGUUAUAACGGACAAGUUACAUGGCUUCCUGGACAAAAUUUGAAGUUCAGCUGCAGCUUCGAUAUAACGUACUUUCCUUUCGAUACUCAAAAAUGUACUUUGAUAAUAAUAACAUGGGGACAUGAUUCUCAAGACAUUAUUUUUAACUCGCUAAAUUCAACACUUCAGACAUCAUUAUAUUCUACGAAUAGUGAAUGGGAUCUAAGUAAAACGUCUGUUACGGUAUCUACUACAGGAACACCAAUGGCAAAUUUUACCUUCUACUUUAAGAGACGUUCACUGUUCUUAACGAUUACUUUAAUACUUCCAUGUGUUUUCCUUGUUCUCUUGAACAUUGGUGUUUUCCUCCUGCCGACUGACUCUGGAGAAAGGAUUGGAUUUGCGGUAACUCUUUUAUUAGCGGUAGUAUUAUAUCUAACGAUCGCACAAGAGCUACUUCCGGCCACCGCUUUACCUAGACUCUCUGCUAUUUGUAUAUUUCUUAUGAUUGAUUUCAUGAUGAGUGGUUUAAUUGUAGGAUCCGUCAUCGUGAGCUCUAGAUUUUAUUUCAAAUCAGAGGAUGAGCCAAUUCCAAAUUGGAUGAAGAAAAUUGUUACAUUCCAGCUUUGCUGUCGAGCUAAAAACAGAGUGCACGAUGGCCAAAGUACUGGGACUGGAAGACACGAAGAGAAAGGUGAAGUUUUAUUUAGGAACGAGAAAGUUAAUGACUCGCAUGGAAAUGAAAAAGAAAUUACAUGGCAAGAUGUCUCGAAAACAUUUGAUUAUAUUUCACUUAUAUUUUAUAUGAUGAUGUUUAUUGGUACCAACUUAAUGUUUAUCAUUGAUGUUGUACAGGGAACUUCAUAAUCAUUCACACUGGACGUUAAGCAGCCGACAAUCAAUCAAUCAUAAUCAUUCACAGCUGUUUUCAUCUUUUCACCUAAUUUUGUUUAUUCGAAUAAAGCAAACACAUACUAUUUGUGAAAAUGUUUU